AUGAGUUCCUUCAGCUUUGAGCCGUACUACUCGACUUCCUACAAACGGCGCUAUGUGGAGACGCCCCGGGUGCACAUCUCCAGCGUGCGCAGCGGCUACAGCACCGCGCGCUCCGCUUACUCCAGCUACUCGGCGCCCGUCUCCUCCUCGCUGUCCGUGCGCCGCAGCUACUCCUCCAGCUCCGGCUCCUUGUUGCCCAGUCUCGAGAACCUCGACCUGAGCCAGGUAGCCGCCAUCAGCAACGACCUCAAGUCGAUCCGCACCCAGGAGAAGGCGCAGCUGCAGGACCUCAACGACCGCUUCGCUAGCUUCAUCGAGCGCGUGCACGAGCUGGAGCAACAGAACAAGGUCCUGGAAGCCGAGCUGCUGGUGCUGCGCCAGAAGCACUCCGAGCCGUCCCGCUUCCGGGUGCUGUACGAGCAGGAGAUCCGCGACCUGCGCCUGGCGGCGGAAGACGCCACCAACGAGAAGCAGGCGCUGCAGGGCGAGCGCGAAGGGCUGGAGGAGACUCUGCGCAACCUGCAGGCGCGCUACGAAGAGGAGGUGCUGAGCCGUGAGGACGCAGAGGGCCGGCUCAUGGAAGCGCGCAAAGGGGCCGACGAGGCGGCUCUCGCCCGCGCCGAGCUCGAAAAGCGCAUCGACAGCCUGAUGGACGAAAUCGCUUUUCUGAAGAAAGUGCACGAAGAGGAGAUCGCCGAGCUGCAGGCGCAGAUCCAGUACGCGCAGAUCUCCGUGGAGAUGGACGUGUCCUCCAAGCCCGACCUCUCCGCCGCGCUCAAGGACAUCCGCGCCCAGUACGAGAAGCUGGCCGCCAAGAACAUGCAGAAUGCCGAAGAGUGGUUCAAGAGCCGCUUCACCGUGCUGACCGAGAGCGCCGCCAAGAACACCGAUGCGGUGCGCGCCGCCAAGGACGAGGUGUCCGAGAGCCGCCGCCUGCUAAAGGCCAAGACCCUGGAGAUCGAAGCAUGCCGGGGCAUGAACGAAGCGCUGGAGAAGCAGCUGCAAGAGCUGGAGGACAAGCAGAACGCCGACAUUAGUGCUAUGCAGGACACAAUCAACAAAUUGGAAAAUGAAUUGAGAACCACAAAGGGUGAAAUGGCAAGAUACCUCAAGGAAUACCAAGACCUCCUCAAUGUGAAGAUGGCUUUGGACAUUGAGAUUGCAGCUUACAGGAAACUCUUGGAAGGUGAGGAGACCCGGCUCAGUUUCACCAGCGUGGGCAGCAUAACCAGCGGCUACUCCCAGAGCUCCCAGGUCUUUGGCCGAUCUGCCUAUGGUGGUUUACAGACCAGCUCCUACUUGAUGUCCGCCCGCUCCUUCCCAUCUUACUACACCAGCCACGUCCAGGAGGAGCAGAUCGAGGUGGAGGAGACCAUCGAGCCUGCGAAAGCUGAGGAAGCCAAGGACCAACCCCCCUCUGAAGGAGAAGCUGAGGAGGAGGAGAAGAAGGAAGAGGCUGAGGCUGAGGCUGAGGCUGAGGAAGAGGAGGGAGCCCAAGAGGAAGAAGCUGCCAAGGAAGAAUCUGAGGAGGCAAAGGAGGAAGAAGAAGGAGGUGAAGGCAAAGAAGCAGAAGAAACCAAAGAAGCUGAGGAGGAGGAGAAAAAAGAUGAAGGUGCUGGGGAGGAGCAAGCCACUAAGAAGAAAGAUUGA